UAUCACGAUUAAAUAAAAUAAUUAAUUUUUAAUUGUUCAAACAAAGUGAUCAGACGGCAGUCUUACAAAUAUCGGCUAGUUAAUUUUUUAGAUAUUAUAAUAAAAUUAAAACAAUUUAAUUAUUUCAAAUUCGAUUUCAAGUCAAUUUAAUAAUCUAAUUGUAAAAAUUAAAUAAAAAUAAUCACAAUGAUGUUGAUAAAGAGUAUUAUAUUGAGUGCAUUGUUCGCCAGUGUUUCGUGCUACGAAUUCAAAAACUUCAAAUUAUCAUCAACCAAUCCUCCAAUCACACACACAGAUAUGGCUCAACUUUUUGAACUUUGUUUUGCAAAUACAUCAAAUCCGAUCGUGAUAACUGAAAAUAUGGUAGAGACAUUUCACAAAAAUUUGCCCAUUACAAUAAUGGCGCCUGUCAUUGUCAUCAACGAAAAUUUCAUCGCCAAAAAAAUUCAACUGUACUAUCCAACCUAUCCGAUGUAUAUUUUAUCGGUGUCGAGUGAUCAGGAGAUGUUCAAACUCUUAACAAAAUUGUUUUUUUCACCGUCAUGGAGUCUAAAAUCCUUAUUUUUUGUGAUCUUCGAAACCGAAAAACAUUGCAUGCAUUCAUGGGAAUUUCUCGACGCACUGUGGCAGUUAGGAUUGUUAUCGUGUAUCAUAGUGUGCUCUAACACCAAUAAUGAAACCAGUCUGUAUACUCAUAAUCCAUUCACAAAUCGAGCACCUGAUCCUUGGGUCGCAACUAAUACACAUUGGCUUGACAAGCGUAAUAAUCCAGUGUAUAUUUACAACCAAUCUUUCACAAACGAUUAUAAAAUAUGUGAAACUCUAUUUUUCGAUAAAACUAAAGUUCUCGAUGGCUAUCCCGUUAAAAUCGGCUCAGCAAACUUCAGAAAAUCUACAAAUAUAGACACCAUGCUUGAAUCUUUAAACAUGACUCGACAAACAAUACUCCUCGAUUUCCAUAAUUUUACAACGGUACUACAACUACUAGCCAAUCAAACUUACGAUUUGACACAAUUUACCCUGGGCAUUUCAUUUCCUGGUAUAUUCCACACGGUGCCAUUUAUGGAAGAAUCAUCUUACAUCAUAGUAACACAAAAGGCAAGUUAUCAAUCAAUGUCUUAUGAAAUUGCACAUGUAUUUGAUUUUUAUGGAGCUUUAGCGAUAAUCUAUUUCCUUUUUCUAAUUACUAUCCUGAUAAUAUUGCACAAUAAGUAUCAGAUCGGAUUGGCUGUUCUGGAUGUCCUGAAGUUGCUGAUGAGUAUAGGAAUCGAUGCACCUCUCGAACGACUCGCCAUGAAAAUCACCUUCUUCACGGGAUUUUUGUUUGUUUUCAUCUUUAGUCCAUUGCUUGAGGGACAAAUAUUUGCCAUCUUAACUCGUCCGCCGACUUAUAACAUUGAGUCUCUUAAAGACUUGUACAAUCAUAAGUAUCACGUAUAUUAUAUGUCGACCUUUCGUAAAUAUAUUUUAGAAGAGCAAUUAUGGAAAACUGAUGAGGAUAUGAAAUACUUACAUCCCAUUCACGAAUUGGACCCCAUAGGCAAUUGCUUGAAAAAAGUUAUCGAAAAUAAUAAAGCUGCGUGUAUGGCUCAAGAUUGGCAACUAAUUGACUACGCUGUUAAACAUAAUUUGCAUAUGCUAAAACGACCCGUGGUGAAAAUCCCAGGUUUUUAUCAUACGCAUCUACUUUGGGCUCUGACUGAUCGCUUUUACCAUAAAUCGUUAAACCUACAAGAGUCAGGAAUGAAAUUAUUCAAAACACGCCUGAUAAAAUCACGGAAAAAAAUGAAAGCUAAAAAUAGAUUUAGUAGAAUCGUUGAUUAUCAAGAAGUUGACGCGGUAGAUUUGAGGUAUUUAUAUGUAUUUAUGGCAUUUUUUCAGUUUUUGGCAGUUAUUGUAUUUGGUAUUGAGUAUGUUGUUGGACGUCAGCGCCGUCCGAGACAAUAAGAAAUCAACAUCCAUUAACUUAAAAAAAUGUGAAUCAUUAACAAAAGUGCAGUCGGGCGUGCUCGGCUUAAUGAAUUAGAUCACUUGGACUGUCUGUCCCCGGGAAAAAAUGAUCAGGCCUGACCAUGCCUGUUCAUGUAUGAUCAGGCCUGAAAUUAGACCUGAUCAUGCCUGUUCAUGUAUGAUCAGGCCUGAAAUUAGACAUGAUCAGGCCUGAUCAUACCUGUCCAUGCCUGUUCAUGUCUGAGGCGUUAAAUACACUCAGGCCUGUUCAUGGCUGUUCAUGUCUGUUCAUGCCUGACCAUGUCUGUUCAUGUCUGAAGCGUUAUAUGCGUUCAGGCCUGAUCAUGCCUGUUCAUGUAUGAUCAGGCCUGAAAUUAGACAUGAUCAGGCCUGAUCAUACCUGUCCAUGCCUGUUCAUGUCUGAGGCGUUAAAUACACUCAGGCCUGUUCAUGGCUGUUCAUGUCUGUUCAUGCCUGACCAUGUCUGUUCAUGUCUGAAGCGUUAUAUGCGUUCAGGCCUGAUCAUACCUGUCCAUGCCUGUUCAGGUCUGUUCAUGCAUGUUCAGGCCUGUUCAUGUCUGAAGCGUUAAAUACGCUCAGGUCUGUUCAUGCCUGACCAUGCCUGUUCAUGUCUGUUCAUGUCUGAAGCGUUGAAUAAGCUCAGGCCUGAUCAGGUCUGUUCAUGCCUGGUUAUGUCUGUUCAUGUCUGUUCAUAGAUAUAAAAUUUUUUUGACCAAGAAUCUAUCACGUAUAACCCGAGAAAAAAGGAUCAGACCUGAUCAGACAUGAACAGGCAUGAGUCUUAAGAAUUUCAGUACUUGAAGUUCGUACGAGACCUACUUUUCAACUCAAUCUCUUAGGUCAACAGGUAAUGAGGCGAACUUUCAAGCGCAAGGUCCACGGUUCGAAUCCUAGACACUCCCAUAUUUUUUAUUUUUUUUCAUUCUUAUAGAAAUAAUUAUAUAUAAUUGUAGAUAGUUAUGCAUAAUUAUAUAUAAUUAUAUAGGACCAUUUUUUAUAUAUAAUUGUUUUACCAGAAUGGGCAUGACCAGACCUGAUCAGACCUGAAUAUGCCUGAUCAGGCCUGGUCAGGCAUGGUCAUUUUUCAUGUCUGAUCAGGCCUGAACAUUUUUUCCCGGGUCAUUCACAAAAUUUAACGUCAAUUUACUUCAAUUAAAUAUUUUAUCAACUAUCGGCUUACACAAUUUAUGAGUGUGAAAUCAACCAUUUGACUAUCGGCAAUUUGUUCUGUAAUAAUAU